AUGCCCCCAAGGAAACUGGACCAUGAUGCCUAUACGGUCGGUUGGGUGUGUGCCGUCGACCGUGAGCUCAAUGCUGCCCGGGCGCUGCUCGAUGAAAAGGAUGAGAAUUUGGAGCCAUUUCACCGCACAGGAGUAUUUCCAACGCAAAUGGAAAAUGUGGUUCGGCGAUGCAAAUUCUGA